AUGGAAGCUUGUGAGGGCGAGUCCUCUCGUGAGGGUGAGUCUCCCCGUGAGGGUGAGUCUCCUCGUGAGGGAGAGUCUCCCCGUGAGGGUGAGUCUCCUCGUGAGGGAGAGUCUCCUCGUGAGGGAGAGUCUCCUCGUGAGGGUGAGUCUCCUCGUGAGGGAGAGUCGUCUCCUCGUGAGGGAGAGUCUCCUCGUGAGGGAGAGUCUCCUCGUGAGGGUGAGUCUCCCCGUGAGGGAGAGUCUCCUCGUGAGGGAGAGUCUCCUCGUGAGGGUGAGUCUCCUCGUGAGGGUGAGUCUCCUCGUGAGGGAGAGUCUCCUCGUGAGGACGAAGGUCCGGCGCUGCACGUCAUCAUCGUCGCUGCUGCAGACGAAGGUCCGGCGCUGCACGUCAUCAUCGUCGCUGCUGCAGACGAAGGUCCGGCGCUGCACGUCAUCAUCGUCGCUGCUGCAGACGAAGGUCCGGCGCUGCACGUCAUCAUCGUCGCUGCUGCAGACGAAGGUCCGGCGCUGCACGUCAUCAUCGUCGCUGCUGCAGACGAAGGUCCGGCGCUGCACGUCAUCAUCGUCGCUGCUGCAGACGAAGGUCCGGCGCUGCACGUCAUCAUCGUCGCUGCUGCAGACGAAGGUCCGGCGCUGCACGUCAUCAUCGUCGCUGCUGCAGACGAAGGUCCGGCGCUGCACGUCAUCAUCGUCGCUGCUGCAGACGAAGGUCCGGCGCUGCACGUCAUCAUCGUCGCUGCUGCAGACGAAGGUCCGGCGCUGCACGUCAUCAUCGUCGCUGCUGCAGACGAAGGUCCGGCGCUGCACGUCAUCAUCGUCGCUGCUGCAGACGAAGGUCCGGCGCUGCACGUCAUCAUCGUCGCUGCUGCAGACGAAGGUCCGGCGCUGCACGUCAUCAUCGUCGCUGCUGCAGACGAAGGUCCGGCGCUGCACGUCAUCAUCGUCGCUGCUGCAGACGAAGGUCCGGCGCUGCACGUCAUCAUCGUCGCUGCUGCAGACGAAGGUCCGGCGCUGCACGUCAUCAUCGUCGCUGCUGCAGACGAAGGUCCGGCGCUGCACGUCAUCAUCGUCGCUGCUGCAGACGAAGGUCCGGCGCUGCACGUCAUCAUCGUCGCUGCUCGACAGCCUCGUCCUUUGUGCGGUCGUCACGGCGGGGCGGCGGACGCCUCAACAAAGUCUGCUGAGGCUCACACGACCUCAGCAAAGUCUGCUGAGGCUCCUACGGCAGCAACAAAGCCUGCUGAGGCUCACACGGCAGCAACAAAGCCUGCUGAGGCUCACACGGCAGCAACAAAGUCUGCUGAGGCUCACACGGCAGCAACAAAGUCUGCUGAGUCUCACACGGCAACAAUUAAAGCUCACACGACAGCAGUAAAGUCUGCUGAGGCUCACACGGCAGCAUCAAAGUCUGCUGAGCCUCACACGACCUCAGCAAAGUCUGCUGAGGCUCCUACGGCAGCAACAAAGCCUGCUGAGGCUCAAACGGCAGCAGCAAAGUCUGCUGAGGCUCACACGGCAGCAACAAAGUCUGCUGAGUCUCACACGACAGCAGAAAAGUCUGCUGAGGCUCACACGGCAGCAACAAAGUCUGCUGAGGCUCACACUGCAGCAGAAAAGUCUGCUGAGGCUCACACUGCAGCAGCAAAGUCUGCUGAGGCUCACACGGCAGCAACAAAGUCUGCUGAGGCUCACACGACAGCAGCAAAGUCUGCUGAGGCUCACACGGCAGCAACAAAGUCUGCUGAGGCUCACACGACAGCAGCAAAGUCUGCUGAGGCUCACACGACAGCAACAAAGUCUGCUGAGGCUCAGGCUGGCCUCAUCGGGUCAUCUCGCCGUCACAACGCUAGGCCAGACAGCUGUCGUGCUGCACCAAACGAAGCUAUCAUGGUGCUGCAGAAGAUGAAGCAAAAUCCCCCGGGCUCGAUGAGCUCGGGAUCUAAUUUCACAGCGAACGCCUCGAACAUCCUGCGACGAUAG